AUGCCACCUACCAAACCCCCUGCCUUUUCAGACCUCGCAUACUGGGAUAACCGUUUCUCAACAACCUCGACCCCUUUCGACUGGCUAGUCUCCGCCAAUGCGCUCGACUCGCUCGUCGUCGCUUCUAUCCGGUCGAGUUCGAGAGAACGGUGCAAGAUUCUACAUAUCGGUUGCGGGAGCUCAGAAUUGUCUUUCAGACUUGGGGAGCUGGCAGGGACGAGGGAGAAUAUCUGGAACACGGACUACUCCAGGGUGGUCAUCGAGCAAGGCCGAGCGAUCGAGGAGAAACUGGACGCCAGACCUCCCAAGAUAGGACAUGAAGAAGUCUCCGGUCGGAUGAACUGGACAGUUCUCGACCUCCUCUCCGAUGAAUCGAUUACCGCAUUCCGCGCUGAAACCCAGUCCGAGUCAUUCGACCUCAUUGUCGAUAAAUCCACCAGCGAUGCCAUCUCUUGCGGCCCGGACCUUCCUCUUCCCGGUCAUGGUGCCUCCAUUCCUUCUCGGUCGACGCUUUCCAUAAUACUCCAUCCACUGGAGGUUCUUGCUCUCAACCUGGCGCGCUUGACUAGGUCUGGUGGAAGAUGGAUAUGUAUCAGCUAUUCUUCCGACCGGUUCGGCUUCUUGCACCCAGGUACCUCUUCCCGAACCCAGAGUGGGCAUGACGGCUCGACCUUCUGUGAGCUCGAGGCUAGUCGGUAUUGGAGGCUGGAGCAUAAGGAAGAGAUCGAGGUCGAGGCACAACCCGAGCGAGCGGUAGAUUCAGGACUACCGGGAGGCGGCGUGACAGCGAAGACGCCGGUAUUCAGGCCGAAAGAGGUGAACUAUUCGUACAUACUGGUACGCACCGAUGUACUCCUCGAGCCGUAG